GAUGUGUGCGGGUUUUGUCAUAAUAUUAUUUUGCACGCUGAGUUGUGAGUUUAGCAACCGUAGAAAAUAAAUAUGUCACGGUGUAUUUACUAAUUGGUAUAAUCAAUUGGCGCGCGUCCAGCGCGUUUGAUGGCACUAAUAAUAAAGGCUAGCUGGCUGGAAGAGAAAGAAAGACAUCGUUGGAUGAUGUUAGGUGUGUUAUCAUUUGGUGCGGGUAAACAGGAAACCGGGCGUCCUCUCCGAUCGUCGACAAUUUGUCAGCGGCGAUCGUCGGGAUGGCGACGGGCCAGGGCGGAAAGCUAAAAUAGAAUGCGAGAGACGACGGCGAUGCACAAUGGAGCCAGUUGGGCGCGCACGAUGGAACGCGAGAGAUACUACAGGAGCUCGGUGAGGAGCCGGGGGUCGUCCUCGACGAGCGACAUCGCGGCUAGACAGAAGAUCAUAGAUUGCUGCAGGAAGCUGGUGGCGUUCAUGUGCACGCAGGUCGGGGUCGGAGGACUUGUCGUAGGAUACACGGUGGUGGGCGCCUUCACGUUUCAGUACAUCGAGACGAUCGAGGAGAAUCCGGCACUGGAGAAGGUGAACCGCACGAGGAGCCGAUACGCGUACAUCCUUUGGGAGAUCGCGAACGAACAGAACGUGUUCAACGAGACGGCGUUCAAGCAGAACGUGUCUGGGGCGCUGAAGCGUUACCAGGACGAGAUGGUUGUUUUCAUGAAGAAAGGAUACGACGGUAGGACUGUGCAAGACAUGUGGUCGAUACCUGCGGCGCUGAUGUUCUCGUUGAGCAUCAUCACGAUGAUCGGGUACGGGAACAUGGUGCCGCGCACCCCUUGGGGUAAGGGCGUCACAGUGCUGUACGCCGUCUUCGGUAUUCCGCUCUACAUCCUGUACUUUAUGAACAUGGGCGAGGUGCUGGCAGGCACAUUCCGCUGGAUCUACACCUGGUUGUACGAGUGCAGCACGGAGCGCGACGAGGACGAGCCGCCACGCAGGGUGAUCGUUCCCAGUUCGGCUUCGUUAUGGGUUAUCGGUGGCUACAUUGCCACCGGUGCGAUAAUGUUCGCACAAUGGGAGCAAUGGUCUUACCUGGACAGCACCUACUUCUGCGUGACGAGCCUCUGCAAGAUCGGCCUCGGUGACUUCGUGCCCGGCGCCAACAUCAACGACUUCAAGGUGGGCAGUCAGACCAAGCUGGUGGUCAACUUUGUCUACAUGCUCGUCGGCCUCGGCCUCGUCGCCAUGUGCUACAACCUCAUGCGCGAGGAGAUCAAGAUCAAGGUGAAGGAGAUGAAGGAGGACAUGGGGCAGUGCCUCGAGGACACCAAGAUGCGGUUCAUUUCAUGCGCGAACAAGUGCCGAUCGUGAUCUUCGUCUU